AUGUUCCGAGAAGCUCCAAAAGUUAUAAUAGAAGAUGGGUCUUCUCCGUCUGCCCCCUAUGUUGUAUAUAUCAGAAUGGAAGAUCUGUUAGAGAAAUUAAAACUAUUAAAUUAUGACACAGAAUUUUUACCAGAAUUUAAAAUAAAAGCUAUCAAUAGGAACUAUUUUGUAACACAGACAAAUCCAGGAGAACAAUUUUAUACAUUUACAUCACUGGCUGCAUGGUUAAUCAGAAAGAGUGGCCAAAAUUUUGAACCUCCACAAGAAGCAGAUGAUCCUAAUGCCACUAUAGCUUUGAUACUAGAUUAUUUACGAGAUAUCAAUGUAUCAAUAGAAUUCCCACCUAACAAACUUAAGCAAGGCAGUGGUGAACAUGCUAUUUAUGUUUUAGAUAACUUAGCAGAUCAAGCAUUAAAGACACAAAAAUUUCAGUGGAAGAAAGUAGAUAUACCUCCUGAUGAACCAAGUAGUGAACCAGAUGUAGAAGAUGAUGAUGCAGAAUUAAUUCUAGAAAAAGUAGAGGAAGAAAUGAUGGCUGAGUAUGAUGAUGAAGAUGAAGAUAUUUUACAUAUAGAUGAUAUUACAAAACUGUAUGGUCAGAAUUUUAAUGACACACAGAAACCAGAUGAUAUAUUAGAGUCUAAAACAAAUAGGGAAGAGUGGCAAUUAGAAUUAGAAAGAGUUUUACCUCAAUUAAAAGUAACUGUUAAAACAGAUUCAAGAGAUUGGAGAUCACACAUAGAACAAAUGAAACAGUUCCAUACAAAUAUUGGAACAAAUCUGACUGGAACUAAAAGUCAAUUAGAUAAACUACGUACUGAUGUAACAAGUGCCUUAGACAAAGUAAAAGCAAGGGAAUCAUAUUUAAACAGACAACUUGAUCCUAUUUUGAAGGAGUAUCAAACACUUCAGGAUGAAUUAUCAAAAAUAAAAGAACAAUAUCGGGAUGUUAGUGGAGGUGUAACAGAAAGGACAAGAAUAUUUAAUAAAUUAACAGAGGAAUUAGAACAUGUCAAAAAAGAAAUGGAUGAGAGAGGCUCAAGCAUGACUGAUGGAACCCCGCUUAUAAACAUAAAAAAGACGAUUACCAAAAUGAAGAACGAAAUUUCUGAAAUGAACGUUCGGAUUGGCGUGUUAGAAUAUAGUCUUAUGUGUGCGAGGAUACGAGAUCGUACGCAGUUGCAAGAAGAUAUGAAUAAUACAAAUGGUAUCGUGAUAAUUUGAGUUAUUAAACAGCAUUUUGUUACAUAACUGCUUUGUUGUUGUUCGUGUGGUAAACUUAACACUUAAUAUCAAUUGUACCGAAUUAUACCAUCGGUACUUUAUUAUUUUCAAAUACGUUUCAUGCACAUCGUUACAGUUUAGUCAUUAACAAGGGUCCAAUAAGCUACCGUCCAAAACUAUUUUUAUAAACUUUCUACGUGUAAACAAAAUGUUCAAUUUGCAAAAACCAAUUGUUUGGCACGUUUUCUCUGAAUGCAAUUACAAUCAAUAAACUGUUGCAGCAAUGUAAAA